CCAGGGCUUCUUAGGAAAGCCGCCGACGGUGUCUGGCGUGUUUUUCCCGCGCGUCUUCCCACUCAUCUUGCGCAGCUGGCUACUGUAUAUAGGAGGAAAACGCAGCUCUCCAGAAAGCAGUGUGCAGUGAACGGGACGCGGCAGCGCGACCUCGCGCGUGGUAGCUUCCCGGCUUGAUUCCCGUUGUUCCCUUGUUUUUGUCUCACUGGAAUGAGUGUCGUUAACGAAGAAGCGUGUGCGUUUUUUCUCAGCGGACUUGCUCGGCAGAGAGGACUGCGUGGCGUUCGCUUUCGUUCCGGGGUUCCUGGCGGCGUUUUGUUUCUGUGCCUUCGUGUGCACAGGGGUGGGCUGCCGCUCUCGUUGCAGUGGCCAUUUCGCUCGCCCGCCGCCUGUCCCGGGUGUUUCUCGACGCCAAAAAGCCGCCGGUUUCUGAUGUCUUUUCUCGAGCUUCCGUCGUCUCCCGCUUCCGCGACCUUCCUUCUAGGACUUUCUCGCGCGUAACGCGUGUCUCUCAGCUCCUCCAGCGCCCGUCGUUGCCUUUUCGACUCGCACUCGCCCGCCACGGGAAAUGAGAUUCCCCCGCAUGCGCUCUGCUGAGCACCUCUGCUCGCCGGCCGUCACAGCUUCGUCUUGGAUGGUCUUCUCCUUGCUCGCGCUACCUGCUAACUGCAGGCCCUUUUCAAAUGUCCAAUCCAGUGUCACUUCCCUUGUUCACCGAUUGUUUUAGAACGCUUCCUGUAGGCGCCUUCGUCGCGGCAUGCAUCAUACCCGCGCGUCGCGUGCCAGUCCGCUUCCUUCCACUGUUCGUCCCCGACUCCGUGUAGUUUUUCCUCGUGAUUCCUGCCUUAGUGUCUCAGUCCUUUCGCCGUCCUCUUGUUCACCCGUUUUCCUUUUUCCCUUUCCGCCCCUCCAGCCGUCACUGUUGCUGCGAAAAGGCCGUCCUCGCCUACGGGGCACCCUUGGGAGUCGGUCGAGGAAUCCCACGGGCCGUCUCUCUCCACAGUUCUCUCUUCGUCACACUCCCGCUACAAAGUCCGUCAGUUUCUUGCCGUAGUGUUCUCGGCUGCGUCUGUCCCACGACUGGCGUUCCUGGUGAGGAACCCGACGCGGAGGUGUCGAAUCUGCUCGUCGUAGCCGCUCCUGCAGUCGAAUCAUGGUCCCGUGGAGCCACCUUGGCGACGCUGGCUUUCUCUCCUUUUCCCGCAAAUAUCAAGACGCUUCGGCUCCUUUUCCUCCCCGCUGCGCGACGAAACAGAACCGCGGCUUUCCCCCCCUCGUCUCGCGUGUAUCGGUACGUCUGCGUACGCCGCCUCGACUACAGCUUGCUGCACAGCGCGCGACUAACCUGAGACUCCGCGACGCGGCUUCUCGACCUCAGUUUGGCUUUCGACGGGACGCCUCCUGUAUCGUUUUUUACGGAGAGGCUAAAGGACAGAGCGCGCGGAAAAAAUCGAGGCGAACGAUUCCCUCGCAAAGAUACGCGCAGCCGCAGUGCUGCCGUUGUGGCAGCAGACGGAAACUCAAAUUCAACGGAAGCCAGAAGCCACGGCAGCCGCUUCACAGACCAAGAGUCGCUCUUCGAUUUACGUCGCUCUCCCAACGUGUGCGGUCAGAAUCGUCUGCGCGUCUGUUGUCUGCAUACACGCGAGCUGGACAGCUCUCUUUUGGAAUUUCUUCUCUCACCGCAUGCGGCGCUUUUUGUCUUUCUGAGACACAAAUUGAAUUUGACUUCGUCCGGCCGCGUCUUCCAUUUCGAGUGGAGGGCGGCAGCAGGUCUGCGCAUGACACCGGCUUCUCUGCCUUGAGUUCGCAUCUCCUAGAGGAGCCGAGGGACAGGGAGAUUUUGUGGGAGAACGCGCGCGUCACUCCCGCCUUACGAGAGUCUCUUUCUGCGCAUCUCUCCGCAUGCAGAGCGGCUCUGACUGUCUCGCGGCGACUAUUUGGGAGCGGACGACCCGCCAGCAACCCUGGCGACCGGCACCUCAAAAACAUCUUCCUCGUGGAUUCUCGGUGGCUUGAGACCGCAGCCGCGACAGAAAGAAGGGAGCAAAGACGAUGCAUGUCGGGGUGGUGCGAGCGAGUCGGUCCGUCGGGCGCUGACGUCGGCGUCUCCUCUUGGACACAACACCGAGAUUUUGAGGAGAGGCGAGAGAGGCGUGAUGAGACGAGGCGCCGCUUGGUGGCCUCUUUGUCGUUUCCCAAAUUCUCCUCCCUCCUUGCAGGCGAUGCUCACGCGCGUCCCCUCGACUCCGGAGCCCUGUCGAAACCGAACCUGUUUCUGCAGGCCUUUCCUUUCGACUCCAACGGUCCUCAGCGCCCUUGCGGGUCGCGAGCAUGCUGGACAAGCAGUUUGCCUGGACGAGAGGAAACAGGACGAACGAACUGGUGCCUUUCUGCCGAAGCGUUACGCGAGUGCGGAGGGCGCGGAGAGAGGCCUCUGUUUGUUUUUAAACGCAUGAGCAAGAGGAUCCGCGUCCCGGCUCUCGCGAUCUCCCCUUCUUUGCUGGCUCCGCCUUUGGCGGCACUCCUCCCUGCCGCCUCUCCGUUGUUCCCGUUUCCGGCUGAGAGACCGUGCGGGAGUGCAAGCAAGGCCGGUGCGUCGACCAUCCCGCAGACGCGCGUCGCCUCCUCUUCAGUUUUCUCUCUCGACCUUUCUGUCGAUGGCACAGCUUCCGCGCCAGUCUGCAAGCAUUUUACUCCCGACUGUCUUUCGUUCUGUUCACUUUCUGCUCGAGCGCCGUCUGCCGUCUGUGUACUCGGCGCUAGGGUGAGAUCCGUUGUCCGCCUCUUCGCUGGGGGCACUCGAGCCCGCGGCGAGCUUUCAGAGACCGGAGAGGGCGCGCCACUGGAGCGCGAGAGCGUUGCGUCUGGCGAGUCGAACUCGCGGCCCAAGAUAGAGGAAGUGAGGCACAGGCGAAUGACGGAGACGCGGAACGACAGGGGAAGGUCCAGACCACAGCCGUUACGACCUGCCGGUGUCAUGCCAGCUGUCUGUACACCGUCGUCUGACCCCCUGCCGGUUGACGGGGUCCCACGCCUUUCUUCCCGGUUCCACUUCCCCACACACUCGGGUCUUUCGGCGGCGCGAUUUGCAAAGGAAACUCGCGACCUCCACUUCUCUGCCUCUCCGUCACCUCUCGACUCUUCCUCGAGCUCUUCAUGCAGUUCGGCGCUGCGGCGCUGGAAGCUGUCGUCUCCAACCCAGUGCACCAGAAGCAGCCGCACCGCCGUCCGAGCAGGCACAGGCUGCUUUCUUCUCUGUCUGAUCCUUCUGCUGGUGCUCCUCGCGAAGCCGGCUGGCGAACUUCAAGACCCAGAAAUCCGGUGGGAGGGGGGGGAGGAGCCGGCGCCCAGGUGUCGCGUCGGUCCGUACAGGGGCAGUGAAGACAGCGCAGCGACGGAAGGGGAGAGAAGGCUGCGUUUCGCUUUCGAGGAAAGCGAAGGGGAAGGGAGUCUCGCUGAGACGACUACGGGGCCUCUGAUAUCGCGCGGUCGGAGACUGGGACCGAGGGCCGACUGCGCCGUAAGCGUUUUCGAGAGUUCUCCUCUCGCUUCUCGAGAUCGGAAGCAUGUCUCUGUUCCGCAUGCCCGGACUUCAUCGUUUCAGGAAAUCACCGCAAUUCACCACACAGCCGUUUCGUCGUCCAGUGCUGCUUCGUCUCGUGGCUUCUCGCAUUCCUCAGCUAGAGGCGAGACGUGGAGAGAGACUUGGCGCCGAGGAGAACACGCACCAGCAACGUUCGCCGACCAGUUUCAGGAUUUACGCGAAAACGAAUUCAAUCUGAAAGUUAAACUGAGCAUGGCCCGGAGCGACGACGCCGGGGCACUUGCCCGACAUCGUCGGAUGCCUCCAGAUCGAGGCGGUUCCCGAGAUCGAUUUCCUUCUUUCGCCUUGUACAGGGGCGACCGUCUCUUGCCGUUCUUACGUUGUUCAUCUCAUUUUCGUCAGUAUUCACCCAUGCUUGCUUCCUCGCCUUUCGCUUGCGGCCAAGCACGCUCCCGUGUGUCUCCAAAGCUCCAGUGCAGAGCGAAGGAGGAUCAUGCGGCGCCCGAGCGCGGGCCGUCUGUUUUCUCCCCGCCUCACCGUUCUCAGCCGCGCCCCAUGCAGCCUGAAAUUCCGCCUUCCACGGGAGAUGAAGGCGCGGGAGAAGCCGUCUCCGCAGUCGCGCCCUCUUCUCCGCAUCUCUGCGUGUUUUCUCACAAAGACCCAAGCGGCCUCGCCCCCUUGUCCUCGUGGCCGGAGACGCGUAGUAUCGCGGUGCCAGUGCCAGCGGAGGCGAUCGCGCCGCCCAGUGCGAAUUUGCCUGCCCCGCGCGUGCAUGCAGAUGACUCCCGUGCUGCGACAUUCUGCACCUCUUCUUCUUCCACGGCUAACGCAGACUGCGUUUCGCCUGGUGUUUCGUCGCUUUUGGCUAGGGACGCUUUCAGCGACUCGACUCUCGCCUUGGUCAGCCCUGCAGGCUCGACCGUCCGACACCGGCCCUGUCCAGGUCGAGCGAGGGCCGUAGACAGAGGAGACACUGCGGGCGCAGGGCCUGCGCCUGUCUCUGUGUCUCCUGCUUUGGGCCGGAAAAGCAGAAGGCCGCGGCUGGGAAAGGGACAGAGGCGCACAGACGGCCUCGAUAGCAGAGAACAAAGAGAAGCAUCUCACCAAGGAAGAGACACUCGAGACCGAAGCUACACGACGCGCCUCUCGUCCCCCCUCACCGACCGCCGCAGGCGUCCACUCCGCGUGCCUUUGCCGUCGCACGCAGCAUCUGCCCCAAGCGUUCUGGCAGAAGACGUGGGAGAUCGGGAGCUCUUCCGAGUUCCGCAUGCGGUGUCUGUGGGCGCUUCGCACAGCGUCAGCUGCAGGCGCGCGUGGAGGAGCGGGGUGGGUGUGACAGGCGGCGCCCUGCCUGCGUGUCAGUCUCGCGAAAGAAGUCCAGAAGGCGAGCAGUGCUGCGGCGACAACAGUCGAGGAGAGCCCAGAAUUCCAGGGCGAGGCAGUUCGAGGCACACGAGCGAAACUCGUCGGAAGAGUCCAAGAGAAGCGUCGUCGAAGGAGGCGCCUGGUGAACACAGUGAAGGUAGAGGCGUGGACUCGUCUUCGUCGAGCGUCAGUGCACCUGGCGCCGAGGCUCCCCAGAACACAACUCAGGGCUUCUCUGACGCUUCUCGUGAGAUAGGUUCGAAUGGAAGCCGAGACAGUCUCUCAGAGGGCGACGCAGGCGCUGACAUGUCUAAUUCUUUUUCAUCUCUCUCCCCUUCUUCGUUUGUGUCCUCGCCCUCGUCUCCGUCCCACGGGGACAUCUCUUCUUCCUCUUCGCUCACGGCUGGCAGUGUCGCACGGCCCUUCGGUUCUUCUCUGUCUCGCGGAUCUCUGCCUUUUUCCUCACGACUCGCGGCGCUGGUCGCCACGGCUGCAGCCGUCGCCGUUCGUUCCUCAUCUCCACAGGCAGUGCAUGCGUCGGCUGUCUCGACGCCGCGCUCGGACGGAGUUCGCGACGACGAAGGCCCUCUGUCGGGGGCCGUUGCGGAUCGCGAGCUGUCUCGCUCGAGCGCGUCGCUUCCGCCGCUCCCCGCAGAGAGCCGAGCGGAACGAGACGAGUUGCAGGAGCCGACGAGGCCUCGAGUGUCUCUUGUUCUCGGGGAUGCACGCGCACAAACAGCGACCUUCGUGGAAUCGAGGAAUGGGGCCGAAGAGAGCGCGGUAGUAGACCGCGAGUUUGUGCCGACAUCCGCGUCGCUGCCAUUGUGGCCUUCCGCGGCUGUCGGCCGGGAAGCGGAGACGGGCGACUCACCUCACAGUGGUUGGGCCUCCAGUGACCAGAGCUCGCGUUUGCCGUCUUUUCGGGGGGAGACAAAAGGCGAAGAAUGGAGUGGGGAGCGUGCAGCGGAUGCAGAGCGGGGAUCAAAGGCCCAUGCGCUCUCGACGUUUCGGGGGCAACAGCCACGGGAGUCGCCGUUUCUCGCCGGCUCUCUGCUCCUCUCUGCUGAGGCUGCGACUCUGCCGGAACCGCAUGUCGGGACCCACGCUGAAGAAGAGAGCGCCGAGGAGGAACGCGCUGUCGCCGGGUCAGGAGGAGUGAACGACUCCAUAUACUCGACUUCGGUCGAACACCAGGCGAAGGGCCUAGCCUUUCCCCAGCCUCCGACAGAUCACGAGACACCUUCCCCCGUUAGUGCGUCGGCGACGUCGAACAAACAAGCAGAUAUGGUCUCACCUACAUCUUCUCUCCCUUCUUCUUUGGCUAUCUCGGCCGCGGUUCCUCUUUUCGCGCGUGACGAAGGCCAUGAGAGUCCGAGGGAGGGGGUCAGCGGAGGCGGAGGCAGAGAUAGUGGAGUCCAUAGUGGCGUAAGUGAAACGCCGCGAAUCGCGGCCGAGGACGCAGACGCGAGUGACCUGCUUGCUUCCACUUCGGGGGUCUCCUUGUCCUCCUCGCCUCCCAUCGCCCGUUUCGCGGCGGCGUCGUCUUCGUCGAUUGUGCCUCACCAAGUGGCGAGUUCUGCGGGGUCGCUUGGGCGCGGCGAGACAGGUGGACUUGCCAGCGAGGCCUCUGAGAGCCGACUGUCGUCUCACGGGCCUUCGUCGCUUUUAGAGGAGCGCGAGCGCGGCCGCCAGCGAGAGGGCGACGCUCGCGCCGGUCUCCAGAGCCUCAUCGUCCUCUCCAUCACGGGAGACCUGUACCACGUGACGACGAACGGCUCUUUUGUGUGGCAACGGAGUUUGGGCUCUUCACUGGCGACCGCCUUCGACCUCGAGCCAGAGACGAGUUCCUCGGAGGACGAGCCGCGGCGCGCGUCGACGGGUCCGAAGAAGCCCCGCGGAGACGCCGAGCCGCGGCGGAGCCCGAAGAGCCCCGAGGCGCCUGGGGCACAGGGCCCACCGAGGGCGGCGGCGCGGGUCGAGGACAGAGGGACGAGCGAGCUCGCGCAGACAGGCCUUGGACGGAGACUGUUGCCGGCGCACGACGGGAGUCUUUUCUUUCUCGACGACGACGGGUCGCUCACGGCCCUCCAUGUGAGCAUUCCAGAGGUCGUCAAUCACCUGCCCUUUCAGGCGCCACUCUUCCCCCAUGUCUACUUCACUGGUGAACGCGAGGUCCGCGUGACGGCGCUGGAUCUUGAGACGGGCCAGCCGAUCGCGGGGCACCGGCGCCGCGGCCGAGCUCGCGGAAAGGGCCUCAGGGCCAAGAGCAGCCGCCAAGGCGCCCGAGACCGCAGGACCCGCCGGCCGCGGGCGCCCCUGGCACGAGAGCCGAAGAGACACGGAGACAGCGGCGGAGACAGAGGAGGGGUCGAGGAGGAGGCAGGCUCCAGGGAGGAAGUUCAGAUCCUGGAAGACGGGUCGCGCAGAGUCCGGCGAGACGAGAGCCGGGAGAAGCCGUUCGUGUUCGAGAGUCUGUCGCUCGCGCCGAGACCCGAGGACGUCCAGGAGAAUCAGGAGACGGCAGAGACAAUCUCGGGCGAAGACGACAGCGAAGAGGAAACAGACGAGCCCCGACAGCUCCAGUUCGGUGUGACGGUCUGGAAGCUCUGGGCCGUCGACAACAAAGCACACACCACCCAGUGGGGACUGAAGUGGGUGGAAGUCGACGCGUUGGGGUCUCUGACGAGUCCGGGGGCGGCGCCGAGUUCGCGAGUUGCGUAUUUACGGAACAUCCUACGCGUAGACGACGACAAGCUGUAUCUUCUUCCCUCGCCCUCGUUUUCGUCCUCGCCGCUGGGUCGCGUAGAGACACGCGACGGCGGAGACGAAGGGCCGGCAACCGAGGGGCCGGGAGACCCGUUUCCAGCGCAGCCUUCUUCAGAGCGAUUGACGCGUCUCCGGAGCUCCCGCGCGUCGCCCGCUUCGUUCGCGCCCUCCUUCGCACCCUUCACUUCGACGUCACCAAGUCAGAACACAGCGCCUCUUUUCCUCAAGUUCCCUGCCCCCAUCGCCGCAGUGUACGUUGUGGGUCCUCCAGACGGAGAGGGGGAGACGGAGGAGCCGGCGAGGCGCGGGGACCGCGAGGACGGGCGGAGCGUCUUGGGAACCUCCAGACUCGUCCUUCUCUCCGACCAUGAGGAGGACGGGAGUGGAGACCAGGAGGUUUCAAGCGACCCGAUUCGCCCCUGGGGUGAGGGCACCACGACCAGAGGGACGGCAGGCGAACCAUCCCGGAUGGAUGAGACAGGACGGAGGCUGCGAGACCCUGCGAAGAAUCGCCGGCGAAAGGGCGGCCCGGGUCCGCUGGUCACUCUGGAGUGCAUCGUGCGCCAGUGGGGAGAGGGUGCAGCUGCCAUUCCGUUCGCCUAUGUGCCUUCGUCGCAGCAUGCAGUCCGCGGAGACCGAGAAGCGUUUCCUGCCUUCGCGCCCUUUGCCUUUCCGUCCCAAAAUGCACACUCUUACGCCUCACUGCUUCUCCCUUCGAUGCGGCGCCUCGGUGGGUCUCCGGGCCCCGCGCUCGCGCCUGCGCCCCCGCGGCUCCCGGGGCACUCUGGGCGCAGGCCCGCGGGGACGUAUCCGGGCGACGAGCCCUUCGACUCGCUCGUCUGGAGAGACCGAGAGGUCGCGCUGCCUGCGCCUCCAGGCCCGAACUACUUAGAAGAUUUGAAGCGUCCCCUGGGAGAGGAGGCGCAUGCAGACGACUCACUCCGAGAUGCACACGACAAAGCGGGCAGGGACUCGAGACCGCACAGUCUCCUCCCUGCUCCGCUUGACUUCCUCCCCACAUCGUCGGUAUCGUCGUCCCUCGUCCCGACGGACGACAGGAGCCCGCUAUCUGCGUCUUUCUCUGCUUCUUCGCUGCCGUCUUCUCAUUCGUCUUUCUCAGCUUCUCAUGCUUCCUUUCCGUCGUCUUCUCUUUCGUUGUCUUCGACUCCGUCACCAGCGCAUGCACCUGGCUCCCAGAGGGUCCUGUCGCCCUACGCUCUGCACAACUUUCGGGCCCCAGCCCCGGUCCAGCCCGUGCGCCUGUCGCACCCAGAGGCCUUCGCGUCUCAGGUGACUCUGUGGAGCGGGUGGGAGUCUCCGGAGUUUCCGCUCGACUCGCGGAUGCAGUCGUUCCCGUCCGGAAGAGAAAAGACUGUCCGCAGUGGCGCUUUGCGCGAGCCGUCAGGAGGCUUCGAUGCGGAAGACGGCGAUCGAGAAGAAAACAGAGAGACCGCCGACAAGAUGGCCAGAGGGGUAGCCCCUCGAGAAGGGGACGAGACGCGCAAGGAGCGUGCGAGGGGAAAGGAGACACCCGAGACAGACGCGAGUGUGGGGGACGGUGCGCGACAUGCGCUCAACGUGCCACAACUGGAGCUUUCGGAGAAAGAAGGACGAGCACUGACGCCAGGCGGUGGGACAGGCGCUGCCGUCGACGAAGUGGGGACGCGGGCGUCUCCUCUGUACGGAGUUCCGCCUUCUCAGUUGCCUGCGUUGUACGGAGCCUUCGACGCGGCGCCUCUGUCGUUCAACCCCGUCCUUUCGCCGGUUCUUUCUGUGUUGCGGCGGUGGGUGGGGAGACUGACUCGGCCCUCUGCGCGCUUCUUUUUGCUGCCACUGCUGUCUCCGGAGCCCGACGAAGAGCGCGGGAGCUCGGCGGCGCGGCCCGACGACCUGCUUGCGGGGAAGGCCCGGAGACACGAGGGGGCAGAUCGCGCGACUGUGUGUGGGGUCGAAGACCGCGAGGCCCGCAGCUCGGCCCUGUUCUUCCCGUCGUCGUCACUGAACUCUUUCUCGCCCUCCUCACCCAGCUGGCUCACCCCACACGCCCAGGCCCCGCCGAACUACGUGGUGUCUCUGCGCCCCGACUCGCGCCGCGGAGACAGACGCGCGUGUGGGGCGGAGGGCCGGAGGGCUUCCUCCGAGAACGGGCCCGAGCCAGAGGCGUCUCCGGAGCCGGGCCGUUCGUGGCUGGCGCCGGGCGCGUGGGCCGCGGACCUCCUCGCGCCCAGCUGGGCGGCGCGACUGCUCUUCCUGCUCGCGGCCGCCUCGUCUAUGUUUGUUGUUUUUCGCUUCCGGGGCCUCGUCUCCGGCUUGCUCGCUGGAGUCCUCGGCUUCCUUGUGUCCCUCGCGGGACACCCGUGGAGACCAUGCGCUCGUGUUCUUUUUCUUCUGCUCCCGCCGCCUCUGCGCCCACGGGCGCCCCUGGCCGAAGACGGGCGCGACGGAGAAGAACGCGAAGAUGCAACUGACCUGCUCGUUCGGCCCAUCGAAUUGCAGGGUGCGUGCACUCUCCUUUCUGCGGAGGAAGGCGCGUCGCCAGGCCAUCUGCGGGCGGGAAGAAGGCCGAGUGAGGUGGAGGAGCGACCUGGCUCGGGAGUGGUCGAGGAUGGCGCGGUAAGUCCCCACGCCUCCGGGGGCCAACUGGCCCUUGAGGCCUGGAGCGGCGCUUCCGAGGUCGUCGCGCUUCCGCGUCCGUUAUCCUCGCCGGUGUGGGCGACCCCGCGGACGUUCGCAACGCCCGCAAGGUCUCUCGACUUUGACGCCUUCGCAGCCUCGUCCCUGGAUGCAACCCAGAACACAAACGACGGCGGCUCGGCCCUGUCUCCGACCGCGCGCGCCCUGCAGGCCCGAGACGCACGCGGCGGGCGCGACGCGAGUUGGGCUGUGCCGGGAAAGACAGGCCUUAGGCCCCCGGACGGGGCUUCCAGUCACGGCACCCUGAGUGCGAUUGCGUGGACAGGGCGGGGGGGAACGUCUCGCGAAGAAAUCCAGAGAGACCAGGACGCGCGAGGCCAGACGGGCGCGGUGGCCUGGGGGACGGAGACAGCUCCGUCGGCUCCCGCGGACGUGGCGGAGGACAUGCGGCGACUGGUCCUCGCCUUGGAAAGCAGAGCUAGAAAGCGCGAGGGCCUGACGGCGGAAGGUCGAGAGAGCCGUGCAGACAGCGGCAACCGGACGCCCAUGUACAGUUGCCGAACAGCGUCGUCUGUGUCGAUGGUUUCCGAGGACGAGAGCGAUCGGCGACCGCAGCUCGAGGCCCUCGGAGACCUUUCGAGCUGCCGAGAGUUCGCGGCGGAGAUGGGGACAGAUGUACAGACACCUGGAGAGGAAGCCUCGCCCCGCCAAGGGCUCGCCAAGUCCCAGUGGGGCGACCGGGGAGCUGGACGACAAAUGCGCGCGGAAGAGUUGCGGCUCUCGGAGUUGCGAGCGCGGCGGAAAGUGGACUUUCCCCUCGUGCAGACCGUAGGGCCGCCGCUUGCGCUGCCGGGUCAAGGCGACAUCCGAUUCUACCGAAGAGGCAGCUCGCUGGCGGCGGUGAGUAGCGGGGGCUCUGUCUGUUCGUCUUCCUCUUUCGCGACCGCGCCCAAUGCGAGGGGAUCACGCAGAUCCCCUGCGCCUCCGCUGGCGCCGGGAGCUUGCGACCCUUUCGGGCGCCACGCUGGCGAGACUGCAACGGAGGAGGGCGUCUCUGUGGCAUCCGUUUUGGACUUGCGCUGUGGCGAAGAGCGGGCGGCCGCGGAGUCGCCUUUCUCGCUCGUAUCUUCCCGCUCUACGGGUGAACGUAUGCGGCGGGCGCGGGCGCCGUCCUCGCCCAUGGAACUGAUAGGAGAGCGCAUGCAGAGCUCCCCGUUCCUGGAGGCGAUCCGGAGCGCGCGGGCCUUUGCAGACGAGGCGUCGAUUCUCCCGCCGCCUCUAGUUGCCGCCUCCGCGGGUCUCCCGGGCCCGCUGCCGAUCGUCGCGCCGGACUCGCCUGACGCGUGCUGCGCCGGCGAGGAGAUAGGCUUUAUCGGCGCCGCGGCGCCCGGAGCCGGCGGAGGCGGAAUGGCCUUCGGGGGAGGCCGCGGACGUCCAGCCGAGCCGUGGGAAGUCAGGGGACGAGGCGGAGGCGAGGGUCAGGCGCGGCCAGGAGACGACACGCAUGACGGGAUCGUGGGUGGGGGCGAGGGCCUUCCGGAGGGCGAGAAGAGACAGACGGAGAGAGAAACCGUGACGCCGAUCUACCUCCCUGGAGGCCGCAUGGGAGGCGGCUACGCCGGCGAGAUGUUUAGUGCAGAGGAGUGGCAGAGAGUCAUGUUUCGACGGGCGGGGCGACGCUGCAACUCCGUCGGCCAACUGACUGUGUACGGCGGGGGACACGAAGCGAGCAGAGGAAGCACAGCGCAUGCGCGGUGGGGGAUGCCAAAGCCACUGCCGCCCGUCCUGCCUCCUGGAGUUUGCGCCGAGGCAGGGGCGACGCCCCAGAGCGACGUGCUCCCCGUGAGACCAGGGCCGGUUUCGCCGCGUCCUCAGACAGCGGACGAGAGAAAAUGCGGAGGAGACAGUGGAGGCAGCUCUGGUGGGCGAGGGACGGCGAUGGGUCUGGCGGACCCAAACGGGGGCGUGCAGCCUCUCAUCGGAGACGUCGACUCUGCGUCCGCCAGUUCUCCCUCAGUGCGAGCGGCUUCGUCGCAAGCCGUCGCCUCGCGGCUUCUUCCUUCAGGGAUUCACGAGGUGAAGCAAGAGACCGUCGCCGUCAGUCUGCCGUCGCGCGGAGACAGCGACGAGGGCGCAACUCCGGAGAGCCGUUUCUUGACGGAUGGAGUCUCGCCGUCGCCAAUUGCCACCCACCCGGCGUCGACCCUCCCACUUGGGGGGGGCUUAUCCCUCGCCCCCGACGAGGCCCGAGGCUCUCUGGCUCACGGGGAUGCCCUGAAGGCGCUGGAGGCGCUCUCCGGUGUCACGACAGCGUACGUCGGCAGUGCCUCGGGCAGCGUCGGAGACUCUGCCAACAGUGCGUCCGGCGCAGUUCUCAAAGUCGUGAACAGCGAAGUCGCCGGUGUUCUCGACCCCUCUGGGCUCGUGCUCACCAGUGCUGCGCGGUUGUUGAUGGCAGUGGGGGGCGGACAUGCGACGGUCGAGGAGGGAGGGACAGAGCAGAGAGAGGCAGGCCUCGCGGGCCAAGAGGUCCACCUUGCUGGCGCAGCGAGACCCGGCGAUGGUCUCGCGAAAUCCACAACUCACGGCGGAGGAGUCGAAGGCGGGGAAACGGAAAAAGGACCUUUGGAAGUCGCAGCCGACGGGGGAGAAGGAAGUGCAGCUGCGCUGCCGCCGCCGGCCGCGCCACCAGUGGAAGGCGGCGGUGCGACAGGCGCAAUUGUCCGGGCGGGGCUCAACGUCCCGGAGGUCGCCGUCGUGGCGCCGCCGGUGUCCCCGGUGCCCGCUAAGGUUGACCGCGGCAUCCCUCCGGACUCGAGUCUCGCCAAGCUGCUGGAGAACGGACGCUUCGAAAGAACCUUCGCGAUUCAGAAACUCGUUGGUCAGGGUGGCUUCGGCGUUGUCUACCAGGUUCGCCAUCUUUUGGAGCCCGGCCAUCCAAUCUACGCCGUGAAACUCAUUUUGCUGCGUCUUACCUUGAGCGAAGAUAUUUCCCUGCGCAGGGAUUUCCGCGAAGUAGCCGCCAACCGAGAUCUGUACUCAAAGCACGUUGUCCGGUACUACACCUGGUGGUGCGAAGAGCCUCGUUUUCUGCCUGUCGAGUCUCUGGGCGGCAGCCGCGGAGCGCUGACCGACCGCAGAGGCGUGGGGAGCUCAGCUGUGCGGGACUCCGGCCCUCGGGCUUCUGUGGGCGUGACGACACUGACCAUGUCGCCGGGGUGUCUUGACAGCGCGCGCGGGUCGAGCAGGUUCUGGAUGGAGAGCAGAGAGGCGCAGAAGAAUCUCCGGCGCACGAUUCGCGACUCGGCGGUGUGCAAGUCUCGCAGAGAGGACCUUUCCUCGAGUUUCUUGGCCGUCUACCGACAGCGCGAGGAGUGCAGAAGACAGACGAGCGGUCGCGAAGCAACGGGCGGCAGGGGACUAGCCGGCAACGCCUCUGGACUCUGGAGGAGACAGCCGGCGAGGCGCCGAAGUUUGAGCGAGGCCAGCUGCGCCAGCACGAGCACGCGAAGGUGUGACACAGCUGAGAGAGAGGAACUUCUCGCCAAGUCGCAGACCUCUCACCUUUCGUCGGAGGCAAAGAGAGACGAGACACUUCGAGGUACUUUACAGAGGCGGCGCCGGAGUUCUUUCCCCGUCGAGAGCGCUUCGCAGCGCAGACAAGACGGCCGAGAAACGCUGCCUGCUGAGUUCCUUGAAUUCUCUCUCAGGUCUGCAAAAGACGCGCGUUCGCAGUCGCGAAAUACGCGGAGUGCUUCGGCAGACAGUUUCUCUCCAACGAAGAAGCCGGAGCGCAGACGUCGUUCCUCGCUGCCGUUGUCUCUCUCCUGUGGGAGCCGGUCACGCGAGGAGCACAGACAGUUGGAAAGGAGAAGACCUCGCGCGACGUCUCGGUAUCCGAGCCGGUAUGCCGGCCGCGAACGCGGAAGAAGCCGCACAGACGAAGGUUGGAAGGCGGAGAAGAAACUCCGGAAGUCGGCGAGAGGAAGGCGGGGGUCGGAGAGUUCGUACACAUCGGAGAAGACAGACCUGCGGAGUUGGUGUCCGCGCUGUGAGAAGCAGCGGAGCGUGAGGCCGCACUCGUUUCCGACAGCGAAGAGACGCGCGUUCUCGAUUCCGGCCCUGAAAGAGCGGCAGGAGGAGCGCGAGGAAGAGGCCUUCCCCUCUUGGUUUUUCGAGCAAGACGAAGACUCCUUUCUGAGUCGCGGCAUGCGAAUCGAGGAGAGCAACGACCACACCGCUCGCGCGCGCGCCCACCGCCUCCUCUGCUGCUCCGGUGACUCCUUCUCGGAUGCGGAGUGUACCUACACGAACGGGGGCUCCGGCGCGUUCUGGGGUGCGGGUGCCGAGGCGCCGCGGUCGCUGCAAGUCUCGGGAGGGUGCACAUGCAGGUGGACGAGCGGCGAGGAGACAGAGGGUCCCCGAGAAGCCAGCGGACGCGGAGAUCCCCCGGGCCGCGGGGCGACGAAGCGCGGGGAACGCAGGCUGUCGCGAGGUGGAGAGGCGUCUGAGCUGCGGCCAGCGGAGGCGCGACAGAAAACGCAGGCGAGGAAGAAGGGGAAGCUGCGCGCGCAAGAGUGGAGUGGUCCGGACGUCUCCUUCGACAUGAACUGCUACCUGAACACACAGGAGAGGGACAUGGUUGUCUUCGAGGACGAGAACAGUGGGGAGUCGAACCGCGCGUCUUCUCGCCGCAGCCGAGAAGACGCAGACAGCAGUCGCUCCACGGCCCUCAACGGCCAAGGGCGCGAGCGCUUCUCCGUAGACGAAGAAGCGAGGCGCGAAAAAGAUAAGAACGCAGAAGACUCGCGAAGAAGAGGCCGCACACGCAGAGACUUGCUCGAGGCCAUUCGACCCGCGGAACUCGCACGAGAAAAGCGAAAUGGACUGCAGCCCCCAGCGAAAGAGACGCUGUAUCCCGUGGUUCUCCUCAUUCAAAUGGAAAUGUGCAAUGGCGUCACCCUCAGAGAGUGGCUCGACAGGAAGGACAGAAGCACCGUGGCCAUGGGCUUCGUCCCGAGCAGCAAAAACCGUUGGCACUCCAUGGAGCUCGAGCUGUUCAAGCAGCUGAUGAAAGGAAUUCGCGACAUUCACGAAAGAGGCAUCGUCCACCGGGACCUCAAGCCUGAGAACAUUUUCGUCGACCCGGACACCUUGGUUCUGAAGAUCGUCGACUUCGGUCUAGCGAAAUUCAUACAGAGAGAGAAUCCUUCAGGCGCCGCCGCGGGGGGCGCGCCUGGCGGCCUCGAGCCUGGAGGGCCUGGCGGCGCAGACGGCCUCGACUUGGGGGAGCGCAACCGAGAGAAACAGAGGCAAAAAAUCAAAGGACUUCUUGCCAAGGCAAGGCGCAUGGGCAAAAACAUGGAAAUGUCGUACAAAGGAGAAGUGAUCGGAACUCCCGCCUACGCAGCUCCUGAAGGCGGUGGCCUGUGCGACGAAAAAGCAGACAUUUACUCGAGUGCGUUGAUUCUUCUCGAGCUCCUCUGUCCUCGGUUCACAACUGUCAUGGAGAGAGUCAAGACUCUCGAGGACUUCAAGACAAGCUACUCGGUUCCGCAACACAUUCGCCUCCAUCUGCAUCCGUGGUAUCUGCUGAUGAAGGAGAUGGCGCGGCCAGAGCCGCAGCACCGCCCGUCGGCUUAUACAGUGCUGAAGCAUGUGAAGAUGUUGCUGACGCCACCAGGCGACACACAGCCGCAGCGCGUGAUGCUGCUGUAUCCAGAGCCUGGUUCUCCACAGCUGGACGCCUCUGCAUCCCCUUCUGGAGCACUUGGGCCUCUGCUGUCUUCGUCGCCGGCACUCGAACCUUCUGCCUUUCCGGCAGAACCUUCCUUCCCUGCUCCAAUUGGGUCGACCUCGCCGUUCUCCUCUUCGUCUUCGUCCUUGGGCGCAGCAGAGACUCUGAGUUUCGCUCUCGAUGAUGGUGCGUCAUCCGUCGCGGCAGAGGAGUGUGACGAGGCGGAAAAGCCGUCGGCGGAGUCUCCGGGUGUGGAGACCCUCGGGGACCGGGCUUACGGGAUGCGAGUGAGACAGGGAAAGGGGAAGAAUGAAAGAGACUGAGGACGAAGAAGAGAAAGAACGAGAGAAGGCGCGAACGCAAGAGCAGAAGAACGAGAGAGGGAUUGGAGGAAGAAGAGGGAUGGAUUCCUGAUUUUCGUGUGUCGGUUCACGGCGUCGGUGUCGACUCGAGGUGGAGCGCGACGUCGAAGAUGGCCGGCUUCUUUCCGUUUGUGUUUUCUUUGUGUUCACGGGGGUUUUGUGAAGAGACGCUUUUCUGAAUUUCCAAAAAAAGGGAGACGCUCUGGCGAGUUGUUCCACACUCGCCGGAGGUUCUUUUGUUCUGAAGAAACACCGGAAACGCACUGUCACCUUUAUUGCGCCCGCCGUUGUCGAUACGAGUGCGAGCAGCACCAGGCGAUGUCUCUGUAGCCUUGUUUUUUGCGGUAAACAUCUUUUUUCACCGUUGUUUUCUGCAUGUCCCGGUUUGUGUGUGUGUGUGUGUCGAGUUGAGCGUCCAACUGAAGGUCGGAUAGAAUCGAAAGGGGAUGCAAGCGUCUGCGCCGAAUGCUUCCACAGACGUCCUUGAAACUGACUUUUCGAAUGUGCACUUUUUUGCGCUGACACAAGGGCGUUUCUCGGAAACGUGUCUGCAUCCUUUAUCAACUUGUUUGUCCAUGAUCGAACCGGAACUGCUCCCUCUUCCGAUCGAAAACGCUUACAUCCCUACACAUGUCUACACAUAUACGUUCAUAUAAGCAUGUGUGUGUGUGUCUGUGUGUGGGACUUUUUUGUAUCCGUAUGCAUCUCUGUGCAUCCUGAGGUUUAGAUCGAGAUGUGACGAGCACAGCUGGUCGCGCGCACCUUGAUCGUGGCGACAAGGUUCCCGUGUACAACUUUGGUGCAAGACUUCUCAGCAGAGGACUCACGGAAAAACAACUGGACCACUCGAGAGAGGUUCGACUUGCGUGGACCUUUGGACCUUUUGUUCCGUCAUGAACGAACUGCGUGAGGUCCCCCAUGCUGGCGCUUCACACACAUUCCGACACUCCGCUCUGGUCUGCCACGGUGCUCCCGACAACUUGUUCUCUUGACACAGAGACCCGUAACCGUUUGUGUGUGUAUGAAGAGCUUUGUAUGCAUAAACAUAUCACGAGAGUGGAAGUGAUCUCCAGGUUUAGCUCUGCUUGCGGCUGACGACGGAAAGCGCGAGAGAAGUCUGUGUUUUCUCUGUUGACUGUCGGCGGCCUGUUGCGGUGGGAGGCUUUUUACGGUCACGUGGUGUGUCUCGACAAUUUGCUUUACAUGACGCGUGUUCGACGGCCCUGCGGUGUACGUGACACUCCGAAGAAAAGUGGGAGCCAGAAGAAAACUCUCGUCUUCUUGGGGCUCCUUCCCCGCUUGUUCAGGGCUUCCCACUUUUGGGGUGUGUGCAAGCAGUCCAUCUCGAUACUCAGGUUUACCUAUGUCGCGGGCAAAUCCCCACCGGUAUACAAUAUAUCUCUUUAUUUAUCUGCAUGCGUUUGUUUGGGCAUGUGGAAGGUGUUUUGAGGGAACGAAGAAGAGCGCAGAAAGGUCGCGGGAGGCGUUUGUCUGAGACGGUCGCGUGUCCAGAACCGGGAGAGCAGAAUGGAUUGUCGAUUUUGCUGCUCUAACAUGGGUGGUGCGGUCUCUUGGUGUCACUGGAAACCAGUUCUUGUCCAAGAUACCGAAUGAGCGCUGUCGAGAAAGUGUGCUUAUAUGAGUGCCUGCAGAGUCCGAACUGCAAACACACGAACUGGAAUUCACCUCCCGGUGUGCAAGGGAAAGCGGUGUGUGAUGUCUGUCACGUUUCCCGUUGAAACUCUCCGUGGAGAGAUCGGACAUGUUUUCUUCGCUCUUUCCUUUCUACGCCGAGGCAGAAACCCAGUCGUUUUUCCCCAUCACGCACUUUUAGCACGCUGUUCUCAGAUUUUUUCGUACUGCGUCGCAAACAGGCGAAAGUGGUAGUAGCUCAGAAGCGAACACUCCGGUUUCCUGGAAUUCGUAUCUGGUGGAGUAGUAUUCAUUUCACUUGUUAGUCCAACGUCUCUGUUUUUUUCGCUUCGGAUUUCUCGAUCUGGAGCGCGUACCAUUCGUCCAAACGUUCAAUGUCUCCUUACAACGUGGGAGCUUGAGAACAUCGUGUGGAUACGAUCUUCGUGUACUUGCAGCCGGUUUUGUACGUUGCAGAGGGAGGCAUACGGUAUCCAGAAGGAAAAUCGCUUUCAAGAAACACCAAAGAAGCAGCGCAAGAACAAUGCGAACGAGGAAACGUUCAUUCGUGUAGACGCCAGAAAACGCGCGAAAACCAGACCCCAGAGAGGGCGUAGAAGAAGGCUUUUCCUGAC